GACGCUGUCCCUUAACCGCGUUGAAUUCAUUGUAAACAGAGCGGAAAGAAAGAAGAACCAAAGGAAGAGGAGAAAUAAGAAUACCGAAAGGACAAAGAAAAUCUGAAGCCUGUGUAUACAUAUGGAAGACGCGUCACGAGACGACCAAUAUAACGCGAUUAAUCUGCGUACGUGUGUAGCCUUAUCUUCGAAGGAGACGAGAGGAAGGUUGCGAAUACAGUUAAAUAGCGGCACUUUGAUCCACAAACGUACCACGUGUUCGAGUUUCCUGCGAACUGUCGAGUCUCCUCGUUAAAUAAAAAUUAUGUAUCGGUCCGAAACUUCCAACAAUGAGACAUGUAGAUAUGUAGAUAUUAUCCCAAAAUGACUCAUCGUCUGCCGGCGCGAUAGAUCAACACUAUUGCCUUCAUAAAUUAUCAACGACAGAGAAGCAAGCCCUCUAGUGGGGAUUUAUCCGAGUUGAAAAUUAUCAACUCUGCGUCAUUAGACAAUUUUUCAAUUCAAUCGCGCUACCACGUCCACGGUCCUCGUGAAAGGAGGCGAGAAGAGUUCGUUGACAAUCGUCGAGGAGCAUGUGCGUUCGUAACGGAUGCCUCGAGAGAACGGGUAACUUAUAAACUCGGGUCCAAGUCCAGCGAUAGACGAGCUAACCAGUCGCGACUGCUUGUUGCCGCGGAGAGGGUCCAAAAGAGAACGGGAGCGGUGGUCUACGAGAUACGCAACGAGCAGUCGCCAGCUGGUUGCCGGUCUACGUGGAUCGUGUGUAGUCGUCGGAGCGGGAUUCGGUUCUUUUUUUUUUCUCUCUCGUUCGUGCGUUCGCCGAGCGAUUCGCGCGAUAAGCGUGCUGACUGGCGAGAGGAGAGGAGACGGGAGGAGACGUCCAGCCACAACACGAUGAGCGGUUGUCGUUGACGAGUUCGCCGUCGAACGACCGUUUUUGAUUAAACGGUUCGAGGAACCACUCAUCGCCAGUACACUCCCGAUGAGAGUGUGCCACCGGCAGGAUGUCGUCGGUGUUCUCGAAGCUAAUCGACAAGACGUCCGCGAAAUACGGUAUCAGACACGAACAGCUGAUCCGUGGCGUGGUCGGCGUAGCGACGACGCUAUACCUCCUGAAAAUCGGUUAUCCGUUAGUGAGUUUCGGCAUAACGCAGUACCAGAAAAGAAGGAAACAGGCGGAGAAGGUUUCUCAGGUUUCCAACCGACGCGACGACAAUGCCGUCGGCAAGAGAUCGGAGGCAACCGAUGGGAAAUCUGGCGUCGGUCUGGACCGAAAGUUCAUUAAACAGCUGAUCGCGCUGUUGAGGAUCAUGGUGCCCGGAUGGAGAACACGGGAAGCCGGAUUGUUAACAUGCGCGACGCUGACGCUAUUAGCGAGGACGUUCCUCUCGAUUUACGUGGCCACUUUGGAGGGUCAGAUCGUGAAGAGGAUCGUGCUGAGAGAUGUUCACGGGUUCUCCUUGAUGCUCACGAGAUGGUUCGCCAUCGCCCUCCCGGCGACUUUCGUCAAUUCGGCCAUCAGAUAUCUGGAGGGUCGAUUGGCUCUUAGCUUUAGAGGACGCCUGGUGGAGCAUGCUUACAAAAUGUAUUUGAGCCAACAAACGUACUAUAGAGUGUCAGCACUGGACAAUAGACUUGGAGGUGCAGAACAAAGACUGACAGACGAUUUGUCUGAACUGGCGAGUUCCGUGGCGCAUCUUUAUUCGAGUUUAACCAAACCAUUGUUGGACUGUGCUUUAGUGGGCAUUGCGCUUAUUUCAUUUUCUUCUAAAAUGGGAGCAAGAAAGAUACAAGGACCACUGUUAGCAUCCGUAGUUAUUGCUGUCACCGGACAGAUCCUACGUCUAGCUUCACCUAAGUUUGGUCAACUGGUGGCCGAAGAAGCAUCAAAGCGUGGUAGAUUGAGAGAAGCUCAUGCUCGUAUCAGUGCUCAUGCAGAAGAAAUUGCAUUUUAUGGUGGGCACUAUACAGAGCACCGUUACUUGAUCACUGCGUACAGAUCUCUUGUAUCGCAUUUAAGAAGAGUGUUGGCUUUGAAAUUAUGGUACGUGAUGCUGGAACAACUGCUGAUGAAGUACGUGUGGUCUGGCACUGGACUCUUAGUUAUUGCUCUGCCUCUCCUUUACACAGCCACUGGAAGUACACAUAUAGAUAAUGGUGACGGUGGCGUUAGCGAGAGAACCGGAUAUCUAACAACUUCCAAAAAUCUUCUUAGUUCCGGGGCAGAUGCUGUAGAAAGGCUUAUGUCAUCUUAUAAAGAAUUAGUAGCACUAGCAGGGUACGCAGCCAGAGUUAGUGAAAUGCUAGAUGUGUUUAAGGAUGCUGCAUUAUGUAAAUAUAGAAGAAAUAUUGUUAAUAGCCCGAUGAGAAUAGGAAAUGGUACAACAAACCAUGCCUUAGAUAAAAUAAUUGAAUUAAAGGAUGGUGCACCAGUGAUAAAAGGAAUUGUGCGCGAAAGUGCAGAUGGCAGUAUAAGUUUAAUCGACGUGCCAAUAGUUACACCCAACUGUGAAGUUAUUGUACCUAGUUUAACCCUUACUAUAAAUCCAGGUGACCAUAUACUAAUCACUGGCCCUAACGGCUGUGGAAAAAGUUCCCUGUUUCGCAUAAUCUCUGGUUUGUGGCCAGUUUAUGGAGGCAUCCUGGUGAGACCCGGUGACAGUUUCUCCGCACAGAGUGGAAGGCCAGCCUUGUUUUACAUCCCUCAAAAACCUUACAUGACCGUCGGUUGCCUGCGGGACCAGAUCAUAUAUCCUUCGGAGUCGCAGACAACGGAGUGUUCGGACGAAGAACUCCUGAAACUGUUGGAAGAGGUUGAUCUACGAGGAUUGGCUGAGAGGGAAACCGAAGGACUCGAUGCCUUCGGUGACUGGGACUCUACCUUGUCGGGCGGUGAGAAACAAAGGCUCGCUAUGACCCGUUUGUUCUAUCACGCCCCGCAGUACGCGCUUUUGGACGAAUGCACCAGCGCGGUGAGCCUCGAGGCCGAGAGUGUGAUAUAUGAAACGGCGAAAAAGAAAGGGAUCACCCUGUUGACGAUUACCCAUCGCGUGGCUUCCCUCGCCAAGUAUCACAAAUUAUUGUUACUUUUUAACGGGGAAGGUGGAUGGACCUUUGGCCCAUUGGACGUGGAAAACGGAACGCUUCUAACGAAUCAUACUAGCGAAGAAACUGAGCAACACGAAGUGAAAGGAGGCCACUAUCAGAUGUUACACGAACUUCGUGACAUUCAUUCGGAAGAUUCGAAAGUUGGUAUCAGUUGAAGAGGCUUCGGUGAAGACACUUGGAAUUAACUUUAGAAAAAUUUCCUCUAGCAAUUACCCUGUAAGGUUGUAAAUAUAUUUUCACGGAUGGAUUUUGUACAAAGGUUUACCAAUGUUUCGGAGUGAAUGCUCUAUUUUUGUACGAGCAAAUCUUACUAUUUAACGAACGUGAAGUAUAAAUAAAUGUUGAUCAACACCUA